UAACGGGGAGGCACAUAUGGCCAUCGCCGUGGUUAAUGUAGUUUCUGUAGUUUCCUUUGUUUACCUCAGUUCCUCCGAUAUGCGGUUAAAACGCUCUCGCUGACUAAGGACGUUCACAUUUUCCACUCGCGCUCCUCUCACCUUGAUGAGAAGUCGGAAGAAUGAUCGCAUCCCUGUCUAAAGGAAAUCUGCUUGACGUGCUGCAUGAGGGUCCUAAUGAGCAGCAACUGGCUGCCUAUGUGUCUUGGGUUAAUGCACAGCUGAGAAAGAAGCCUGGACUGAAACCUGUGAGUGAUCUACGGCAGGAUCUCAGAGAUGGUGUGGUUCUAGCACACCUCAUUGAGAUAGUGGCUGGUGAGCUGCUGGAUGGCAUUCAUUAUGUGCCCCGUGAUGACCAGGAGAGGAAGCAGAAUGUGGAGAAGAUUCUGCAGUUUGUAUCAUCCAAACGGAUCAGAAUGCCACAGACAUCUGCCAGGGACAUUGUGGAGGGGAACCUCAAAUCUGCCAUGAGGCUCAUACUCGCUCUAGCUGCACAUUUUAAACCCUCCGCAUCAGCCAGUCACAGAGCUGGAGCUGGCGUAGGCAGGAGUUCCACUGGCUCCUCGGCCAAUCACAGACCUCAUUCCACCAUGGCCAUGGCCCAAAAUGCAGCAGCAGCACUGGCAGCAGCCAGGCAGGAUGCCUCUCGGCCUGGCCGCUCUGUUUUUCAUCUAAGGCAAGAAUGGAGUCAUGGCUGCAGUGGCGAGGAGGACAGUGAGAACCCCUGCUGGAGUGUCCGAGCAUUGGUUCAACAGUAUGAGGGACAGAGAGGGACAUUUGAAGAGGAGACGGGAGCAAGAUCUACUUGCCUCAGUUCAUCAAGCCCCACCCACACUCCCAAAGACUCCGUCAGCCUAUCAGACGUGAAGGCAGGACUAUUAGACACCUUGUCCAGGGAGAAAACAAUUAAGUCAGAGGACACAGUGAAAUUGGCCCUGUGUGACCAGGCCAUUGUCUCGGGGCAUGAUGGUCUAGCUGGUGGCUGCACCUGGGAGGACAAACUGUGUGAGCAGCAGGAGCAGCUGGAGAGGGAGAUGCAGGAGGCGCGGAAAAUGGUGUCUAGCCUACAGGCUCUCCUUCUCCAUGGUUCAUUACCCGAGGAUGAGCAGGAGGUGUCGCUCAGUCUUGGUGAGGGAGUUGAAAAUGCGGAGCAGCAACUGGUUGUAAUACGAAGUCGCCUGGACCAAAGCAUGGAGGAGAGUCAAGAACUAAAGAGGGAGCUAUUGAGGUUCAAACAGGAGGCUCGCAACCUGCAGGGGGUGAAAGAUGCUCUUCAGCAGCGUAUGGCUGUGCAGGAGUCCUCAGUCCUGCAGCUCAAACAGGAACUCCUGCGCACCAGUAUGGCCAAAGAUGAGCUGGCGGGACAAAAUGCUUGCCUGCAGAGGGAGCUGGAGCACAAGGAGAGUAUUCUCAAAGAGUUAAUGAGCCAUGAGACAGAGGAGCUUCCUGGCUCGCAAAACAACGGCUAUUCACACCCACCCGUCACAGCAUCAAAACCACACCAUGGGGCUGAGGAGCUGCAGUUAGUAAGAGAUGCUCUCCAUAGUCUGAGGAACAGCUUUGGAGGUCACGACCCUCAGCAUCACACUUUGGACACCCUUGAGCAAGGUGUGGCCAGCCUGAUGGAUCGCCUCUAUGACCUGGAAACACGCCACAAACAUGAGAGGAGGACCCGAGGCAAAUCUCCAGGUCAUAAAGCGUCUCACUCAGAUCGAGACUCCUGGCCUCCUACUUCAAAAAUGGUUCAUUCUCAGAGCAGCCCUGCGUUAAACUCAUCAGCAUGCACCAAAGUCCUGUACUUCACUGACCGCUCACUCACGCCAUUCAUGGUCAACAUCCCCAAGAGGCUUGGGGAGGUCACCCUGCGAGACUUCAAGGCUGCUGUUGAUCGGGAAGGCAAUUAUCGGUACCAUUUUAAAGCACUGGAUCCAGAGUUUGGCACUGUGAAGGAAGAGGUGUUCCAGGAUGACGCAGUGGUGCCCGGCUGGGAAGGGAAGAUCGUGGCCUGGGUAGAAGAGGAUCAUGGGCAAAGAGGGUACUGCACGCAUCUAUACAGCUGGUACCACAUCUGUUUCUCACCAUUUUAAGCUCACUCUCUAUUUUCCUCGACAGGACCUAACACAAGUCAGCAAGAAGCUGUCUAAGGAAAUGGAGACGUCUGUGCCAAAAUGAAAUAACAUUGAUUUGUAACUCAAGUGUACAGAGGAUGGAGCUUUAGUGCCCCUUUACUCUAUCCUGCAUGAGCUGAACAGCAGAAUGAACCUGAAAGGACGUGGAGGAUCAUCGUAAGGAGCACCAGAUGGAGAAAGUCCCAUCUUGCGUCCUGUCCAGACCAGUAUUACUCAAACAUAACUAUACAGAGGAUGGGAGGACAGGAUUUCUGAUCUCUUUUAGAGGUCUUGCCAUAGAACAGACACCCAUUCAAAUGCUUUACUAGCAGACAAACUCUUCACUGUGACGGAGGAGCCUUUUGUUCAGUUCACCUACUUUAAAGUAGGUUCUGCCAGAGUACUUUUUUGUUUAUUUCGAUGAACCAAAAUUGAAUUUUUUUUGCUGUGAAUAGAGAGAAGUAGGUAAUCUUGACUGUCAAGAGUACUUGUGUGAAUGUGGUUAUGAAUCUUAAGAAAGCAGCAGUAAAAGUAUGCAAGUAUAGAGCAGAAAGGAGUUUGACAUCUGCUGUUACCUUGCUGUGAGAUUUUUUUUAUCUUAGAUAAAGAGUUUCCCUAAAACAUACGUUAGACACAUUCUUUAUGAAAUUCUGCAAAAAAGACUAAAUCUUCUCCAAGGACCAAAGUGUUUUGCUUGUUUGAUAUAAGAUGUAAUGUCAAGUCUUUUUUAAGAGAUUAUGAUUUUUUUUUUUUUGUAUGCAUGUCUUCUAAGAGUCUGCACUGAAGAUUUGACUGUAUGGUAUAAAUGUGGUGAAAUUACAGCUCAUGAUUUUGACCAUAGCACAACAUAAAAUGUAGUACAGAUACAUUGCAUUAUCACUGCAGGCUUUCAAAUGUAAUUAUCUAUCUUUCAAAUGUUAACUAUCAGAUGUGCCGUUCCGCUGCACUGAUUUGAGUUUACAGGAAAGUGCCUGGAAUCUGCUAAGAAAGAGAGGUGGUCGGGGUUUGCCUUUUGUAUUUUUGUUCUGUUUUUUAUUUAUGUAAAUAUGUUAAUAUUUCAGAGAUAGAGCGAGGCUUAGUGUCUUUACACUGUAUAAAUGAUGUCCUAUAAAUACCGAAUAAUAUUUUAAAGAUGAAAAUGUCCUCUUUGUAUCCAAAAAAGGCACAUAAUCACUCUCAUCAGAGAAGCCUGUAGCUAACAAGAACCGUAUUGAUGGUGAUACAAGCGACUGUGUGCUAUGACUGAAAUUCUGCUUUUACACUCCUGAUUACUGCUGGUUUAAGAAGAAUGUUAUUUGGUUUGCAAAUAAACAGUUUGAAGCAGU